AUGCGCUGCGCCGGCGACGCGUCCGGCCGGUGCAGUCCCUCUCCCUCCAGCUACGCUGCGCAGACCUCCAUGAGCAUCCGCCGCCACCGCGAUGGUAGCACUAGCAGCAGCAGCACACACAAGGAGGCUUCCAACCGCGGCGCCUGCAAGUUCACGUUGCAGCAGUUGUCCGCGGCUACGGACGGCUUCUCCGACUCCAACCUCAUCGGAGAGGGAGGCUUCGGCAGGGUCUACAAGGGCCACCUCCACCUUGAUGAUGACUCCGGCACGCCGACGUCGGUGGCCGUCAAGCAACUGUGUCGUGGUCGUGGCGGCAUGCAGGGGAGCCGGGAAUUCGCGAUCGAGUGUGGGAUGCUGAUGGCGCUCCGCCACGCCAACAUCGUAACCCUCAUAGGCUACUGCGCCGAGGGCCACGAGCGCCUCCUUGUCUACCCAUUCCUCCCCCGUCGCAGCCUCGACUCCCAUCUCUUCCUCACUGUCUCCCUCCCCGGCGAUGAUGGGCGCCGCCGCCAACCAUUGGACUGGAACACGCGCGUCAAGAUUGCGCGCGGCACCGCCAGGGCGCUGCGGUACCUGCACGAGUCGGUAACGCCACCGGUCAUCUACCGGGACCUCAAGGCCGCCAACAUUCUCCUCGCCGACGACUUCACGCCCAGGCUCUCUGACCUCGGCCUCGCCAAGCUUGGCCCGGCCGGCGACGACACCCACGUCUCCACGCGUGUCAUGGGCACCCACGGCUACUGCGCGCCCGACUACGCCGCCUCGGGCAAGCUCACCGUCAAGUCCGACGUCUACAGCUUCGGCGUCGUGUUGCUGGAGAUCAUCACGGGCCGAAGGGCGUUCGAUGCAGCACGGGAGGAGGAGCAGCGACUACUACUGGUGUGGGCCAAGCCAUGCCUCACCGACGUGCGGAGGGGGUACAACAAGCUGGCCGACCCAACGCUAAGGGGUCGGUACCCUCGCAAGGCGCUCUACCAGCUCGCCGUUGUUGCAUCCCUCUGCCUCCACGACAAGCCCAACCUCCGGCCCACCAUGUCUGAGGUCACCCGGGCGAUCGACCAUGUUGUCUCGCAGCCUUGGCACGAACCUGCAGUUGUUGUAGAUCAAGAAUAG